GCAACGGCUGCGUAACGUCACGGUCUCGUCCCGCUCUUGUAGUCCCAGGCCGAAACAAGGAUGUGUGUAGCUCGAGAUGAAACUUAAGGUGUGGGAACUACAGCAGAUCUUCAUGCUUAAAACAACUUUACAGUCUUUUGAGGACAUGAAUGAGGACAAACACGCUCAGUGAGAGGUGAAUGUAAGUGCUUCAAUCGUGGUUUCAACGGUUGGUAACAAGCUCAGCCGUUGCGACGUGCAAUUGGAUUUACUGUGAUUUCUAUGAUGGUUCUGUUCCUUUCCCUGCUGAUCUCCUUUGUGCCACUAGGAGGUGGUAGCUCACCAAUCAGCUGCUACAAUGACCAAGGAGAGGCUGUUGAUUGGUUCUAUAUGUACAAGCUGCCUAAAAAACAUGGCAGUAAGUCUCCUGAGAAGGGUGAAAUGUAUUUACUUUUGGACAAAGGGAGCGAGGGAUGGACUGAAGGGAAGGCAACAGUGAACGACACCACAGGAGCCUUGGGCAGGACGGUUGGACAACUGUACUCACAAGGAAAGAGCAGAGAGGUAGCGUACAUCCUGUACAAUGACCAGAGGCCACCUGAGGACUUUGGUGACAGAUGGGUUGUCAACACUGGAAGCAGCGGAGGGGGGCACACGAAAGGUGUUGUGCUGCUGGACAAAAAUCAGGGCUUCUGGUUGGUCCACAGCACCCCUCACUUCCCCCCUGUGCGACAGGCAGGAGAGUAUUAUUACCCCAGCAGCGGUGUGACCAACGGACAAAACUUCAUCUGCGUCUCCUACCCGCUCGACCGCUUCCAGACCAUCGGAGAGCAGCUGCAGAUCAAUCAGCCUAAUGUGUACGAUUGCGAUGUCCCCGAGUCCUUGGCGUCCCUGGUGCCUGCGCUGGCUGCCGUCUGUGAGAAAAAACAUCUGUCUGGUCACAUCUUUCCACAUGCCAAAGCCGUGUCCAAUCGCAGCGUGACUUUGACCUCAAAGGAUGGAACCAACUUCAUCAGCUUUGCCAAAGGAUCUUCUUUUGACAAUGACCUCUACCACUCCUGGGUGGCCCCGGCCCUCCAGUCAGACCUCUUGGUCCAGUUCUGGGUUCGCUCCACAGGCGUCCUCCCUUCCGACUGCUCGCUGGGCUGGAAGGUCCUGGACAUCAGGCUCAUCAACCCGGGACAGACGUUCACUUUCAAAACCAGCCAGGAUCACUCCAAGUGGGCUGUCAGCCCCAAGGCGGCCGGGGACGGCGUCAAGGGAGGAGGCUGGGUGUGUGUGGGGGACAUAAACCGGAACGAGGCGGAGGAGAAGCGAGGCGGAGGCACGGUGUGUCUGCAGGACCCGGUGGUGUGGAAGGCUUACCGGACGGCAGCGUUAGAGUGUGAGGCGUGUGGAGGAGGAACCAGCUGUUGAUGCAGCUGCUGGAGACAGAUGGGUCAACCGGGGCGUGAGUAAGGCCAUUACGCUGCAUCCCGUGUGUUUCUAAGAGGAAUAUUUCAACAUUUUGUUGAUUGUAUAUAUUUCUUUCUAUGUUUAGUGAAAUGACCCAUGUCUACCAAACUUUGUGAAAGUUUGAGAUGACGCAGUCAUUCCCUUAAAUGUAUGGUGACCCGGAGUCAUGACGUCAUGUCCGGGUUGGCCUCUGUUCCGCUUGCUUUUGAAACUCAGUGCCGUCUCUCAACAUUUCUUUCAUCGGUCUUUCAUGAAAAAUGAAGCUUUAUCAUUUAAAAUUUACUUUCCAAGACAAAUCAGCUCCACUACAGCAGGUGCCAUGAGAAAAUGAAAUCUUAAGUUAAACAAAGAUUUCUUUGUGAGCACAAAAAGGUUAAAAAAUGAAAGUGUAGCAGUAAUGGUACUUUGCAUCAUCAUCAAUUGGUUUCUAAUUGUAAUCCCUGCUGUCUAAAAACCUCUCUGUGCUGCUGUUAUUACAGACAUGUCUGAACUAACCACCACCCCUCAAACUGUUCAUGGACGCCCCUUUUCUGUCCAGCCGUGAAAUUUAGUCUACAAUGGUCUAAGGCUUAUGGGAAAUGGUGUUCAUUAAAGGCAGCUAAAUACAUAAAUAUGAAUAAUCAUUGAUAUAAAAACUACCGUCCUUAUCUAAACACACAUAAAGCCACAUGACACUGCUGGGACAGGCUCUGCUCCAAGGCUGCAGUUUUAGUAAUCGGUGUAGACGGAUUUCUUUAACUGAGGUUUUCUUACUUCUGGAGCAGAAACUGGAAGUUACUGUUUGACUUCAGCUCUCGAUAACACUGGAUUUAGCACAAGAUGCUGCAAGAGCAAAUGUUGCUUGAAUUAAGAUGUCUUUAUACUAUUAAAUAUUCAUGACUGAAAGUAAAACAAAACAUUUUUAGGCAUCUUUAUCUUUAUCUAUCAGGAGUUAAAAACUUCUGUGGUUGUGUGGUUUGAGUGGCCUCGACUGACAGUGACCAAACAACUGACGUCAGAUUCUGACUUCACGUUCAUAAAUCCGGUGCGCAGACAUGCGUGACAGCACCUCUUUUCAACUGAGUCUCACCCACUUCAGACCAGUGGGAAGAGCACAGAGAAAAACACAGACGUCUCUCAGUGAAAAUAAACAAAACUGAUCCAAGUUUAGCAGAAGGUGGUGUGUUCAUGUAGGACUCCAUUACUCACAAUAAAAAACUGACUAAGAAGCUGACUGAGAAAACUUGUUGUCAGGGACUUUUAAAGCACAAAAACUGUUUUGCUUGUUCAUUCAUUUGUUCAAUGUUUUUUGCUGUUACAUCCUCCUCUAAAUUUAAAGCAUCCAGAACAAUGCUGAAGGAGGACAAGAAGUCAGAUCUGAUGGGAAGCAGAGGGGUUUGUGGGAAAUAUGAUGUUCAUUUUGAAAAAAAAAACCCACAAAAACCUCAAAGUGCCACCUUAAAUGAAAGCAAUGGUGUUGAGUGUCUUUACAGCCGCUGGGUACUGUUUUAACUGAAACUGAAGAGACAGUGAUGCAAACUGGAUGAGUGCUGCUUCAUUAACUCUGACUUUUUGUGUUUAAAUCAACAUUAGCUGGUUUGGGGGCUUGUUCUCUGGGAGAGCAUCAGGCUUUGCUUCGUUGAAACUGUAUGAAAAUGGAUUUUUAUGGGAUUUUAAAUUCAUGAACAUGUGGGAUUAAUUGCACUAUGUAACAUUGAGCACAUGCACACUUUUUACUGACGAUAUUAAAUUACAGACACUGACAACAUUCAGGUGUGAGGAAUGCUUUAAUACUUUUGUGUUUAAUGAAUGUUUGUAUUAUUAACUGGGUUUGAAAGAGUGUCUGUGUAUUUCAGAUCUGCUUUUCUGACAUAUCCAGAAAUAUGUUUUGUUAUGUCUUGUUCCACAUACAUUCAUUCUGACCUUGAUUUUGCUUGAAGAUAGAGAUGCUGGCUGUCUUGAAUCAGAACAAAAAGACUAGAACAGAGGUGUAUUUUUUUUUUUGUAGCUGAUGUAUGUUCACCUUGCUUUGUUUUCCUUAUCUGUGAGAAAAAUAGAAAUGUCAGAAUUUGA